GUGCCCAAUCAGAAGUGCAAACUGUUACAGUGGCCGCGGAGAUUUUUUUGUGUCAAAAGGAGCUGAAUCUUAUACGCGGUCCCAAUGGAAGACAGUCGGAAGCAAGUAAUUAAUUUUGCUGCUGGCCCUUCCAAGCUCCCACGACCGGUCUUGCUUCAAGCACAAAAAGAGCUGCUGGAUUACAAUGGACUGGGAAUUAGUGUUCUAGAAAUGAGCCACAGAUCAGCAGACUUCCUCAAAAUUGUCAACACUGCAGAAAAUGACUUGCGAGAACUACUAAAAAUCCCAGAAAACUACAAGGUGAUUUUUCUCCAGGGAGGUGGAACUGGCCAGUUCAGUGCUGUACCUCUAAAUCUUAUUGGAUUGAAAGAAGAAAGGUGUGCAGAUUACGUAGUUACGGGAGCCUGGUCUGCUAAUGCAGCCAAAGAAGCAGAGAGAUAUGGAAAGGUGAACAUUGUCCAUCCCAAGCUUGAUGCAUACAGAAGUAUCCCUGAUCCACGGUGUUGGAAUUUGAACCCAAAUGCCUCUUAUGUCUAUUAUUGUGCCAAUGAGACUGUUCAUGGUGUGGAAUUCCCCUUUAUCCCUGACACAAAGGGAACAGUGCUAGUCUGUGACAUGUCAUCAAGUUUUCUUUCAAAGCCAGUGGAUGUCAGCAAGUUUGGUUUAAUUUUUGCUGGUGCACAGAAGAAUAUUGGCUGUGCUGGGGUGACUGUGAUAAUAAUCAGAGAGGAUCUUCUGGGAUAUGCACUGAAAGAAUGUCCAGUAAUUUUUGACUAUAAAAUACAAGUGAGCUGCAAUUCCCUGUACAAUACGCCAGCAAGCUACAGUGUUUACAUUAUGGGAUUGGUCUUGCAGUGGAUUAAGAGUUCUGGGGGUGCUGAAGCAAUGGAAGAGAACAGUGCUACCAAAUCAAAGCUGAUUUAUGACAUCAUUGAUGGAUCCAGUGGAUUCUAUGUGUGUCUGACUGAUUCAAUGUGCAGAAGCAGAAUGAACAUCCCAUUACGCAUUGGGAAUGCAAAUGGAGAUGGUAUCCUUGAAACAGAGUUUCUUGACCAAGCUGCUAAAAAUAAUAUGCUAUCAUUAAAAGGCCACAGGUCUGUCGGUGGAAUUCGAGUUUCCCUGUAUAAUGCUGUGACAGUGGAAGAAACUCAAAGACUGGCUGACUUUAUGAUCAACUUUAUGAAGGAACAUUGUACUUAAAACAUUUCCUUCAGGUGCCACGCACCAGUUUUAGUUUGACCAUCGAACAACCUUCAUUUCUAUAAUGCAGACAUGUAGCUUUUUGUUCUUUUGAGAUACUUGAAUGAAUCUUUAAUGUAGUGACUGAACUGCCCGGAAGUAACAUAGGUUUUCUAAGCUCUUUCUGUUGGAUUAUCAAUUCAUUGUAUUUAACUUCUCUUCUACCCAACAGUGAACUUUGAUUCAUGGCAGAAUUACUAAUGCAUAAUUAGGAUCUUGAUCUGUAGCUAAUCUUUUUUUAAAUUUUCUCAAAUUCUGUCCUUUUUUUGGCAACUUCAUUUCAGGCUGAAUUGUGCUUUUGGAACUCGAUGAAAAUGUUAAAUGUGACAUUGAGCAACAAUACAAAAGCUGGACAUGGACCAUAAUGUCACUAAUUUUAUGUAGAGAAAAUAAGGAAAGAAAAGUAUAAAAUCGUCAGAGCUGAAUGUAACAAUAUUAUAAUAAAAAUAAAGAUGA